GCCCCGCCCGGGACUACCCGCGGAGUGCAGGGGCCUGCGGGACCGCAGGGGGCGCGCCUCAGACGAGGCCCUUGGUUGUCGGGGUCUUGGAUCCGAUUCAGGCCAAGUGGAGACAUCACCUCCUUCAGAAAGGAAGGAUGAGCAGCCGCAGCUGGCUCUACCGCCGACAUGUCAUCUCCUAUCUCCCUGCCUUCGUACAGCUCAUUCCUCCAUGCUGGAAAUGCAUUCUCCCCCCCACCCACCUCUGCCUUGUAUAAACCCCAGCUUCCUACCUAGUCCAGCUGAUGUUACCUCCUCCAAGAGUUAGGGGAAGAAGGAAAUAAACAUUUGUUAAACAUCUGCUGUGUGCCCAGCACUGUGCUAAGCACAAGUGUCAUCAGCCCCUCCCCUGGAAGAGCUCCCAACCUAGUGGAGGUGACAGCCUGCAAACAACGGUGUAACUAAGCUAGAGACAGGAUGCACUGGAGGCAGCAGUCCAGAUUGUUUACCCCAUGAGACCUUAACCCAUUUUUGUCUGUCUCAAUGCCAAAUAGUAUCUGGCAGGUAGUAUGUGCUUAAUACAUUUGCUAAUUGCUGAGGACGGUGCAGUGGAUGUGGGGUGUUUGUUUUUAGCUCUCCUGGGGGAAAGGGAAGGGUCCCAGCAUUGCAGGACACCUCGAUGACAGCAGAGAAGAAGCAGACUGCUUCUGUUUUCUUAGCCAAAGACGGCCGAUCUUCGGGCUGGAAGUGGAGGCCCUCACUGAGGUGGCCAUCUCCUGUGGGCAGGAGCAGCCCAGCAUCUCUCCCAGGCGGGCUCCCUCCAGGAACACCAAGGAUGGCUGGGCAGCCUGGGGAGCAGGGGGAAGAUGCCUUCUGCAGCUUGGAGCAGCUGGGCAGCGAUUUGGGGCAGGGGUUUGAUGAGGUCCAUGACCCCACCUGGACCAUCUCCUGGCCCUCCUUCCUGUGGAGCAGCGACUUCCUGGAGGCCACAGAAUCUGGGCUAACCCUGCAAGGUGCUGACGGCAAGCUGUCCUCUGUCUCCUUCUUUAUGUCUCCCAGCAGCCUGCAUUGCUGCUCAGAGCACCUGGAUCCCAGGGUCCUGAGGCUGCUGCUGGCCCAGAGGGAGCUAGAAGUCCAAGGCCUUCGGAAGGCUGCUCAGUGUCAACCUGGGAAACACAUGGCUUACAUCCUCCACCAGCUGGUAGACUCCAAGCCAGAAAGGAGCUCCCGGGAGCAGAUCAAAGCCUUGCAGCAGCAGAUUGAGAAGGUGACUCAGGAGCUUCAGGACCAGAAGGAGCAAGCCUGCCAGGAGAAGACGGAGCUGGAGAAUCAGCUUCAAGAGGCCAACAGAAACCUGCUGCGCCUGGAGGACGAGGUGCAGGCCUUCGAGCGAUCCUGCCUCCUGCAGCUGGCCCGGUCUUCGUGGGCUGGCCGAAUGCUGCACUCCCAGACGGGCAGCAUAGAGGUGGUGACAGCCGAGGCCCUGAUGACAGAUGUGAGUGACCAGUCCCUGGACCAGAGCUCUCAGGAGGGACAUCACUUCCGCCUGGACGACGUAGAUUGGAACAGCGCAGCUCAGCGUUAUCCCAACCUGUUUGAGGACAUUCAUAGCAAGAAGAGGGCCGCCUCUGCCUAUGUCCUGGACUCCCCAGAAUACCUUCCCCCCAAACUGGAGAAGUCCCGCCGCCAAAGGAAGAGCGUAGACUGGGGUCUGCUGCCAAGUAGCUCUCUCAGCUCCAUGGCCACGACCUCGGACAGGGGCUCUGCUGCUCACACCAGUGUCCCCUCGUCCAUAGGCACUGACUUCAGCCCCUCCCUUACCUCGCCGACCCAGGAGCAGGAGGUCAGCAGCAGCUCUGGGGACCUCCCCGCCCUGGAGCUCAGGAGACCUAAGACACCAGUGGGCAGCAGCAGCAGCAGCCUCGGCACUGCCGUGGUUGGCAUUGGCCCGGCAAGGCAGGGCUCACUCUCCAGUGCCCUCCAGGACCAGGGCAGGCUGCCUGGCUCUUGUCUCCCCAGGAGGAAGGUCUUGUACUCCUCCCUGAAAAUUGUGAAGAUUCACAAACAAGGCAAGUUUAUCCGGGUCCUCAAUGAGUCCCUGGAGGAGAGUGUGGACAUCAGUGGCUUCGUCCUCAAACAACUCAUUCACUACUUCCCUGUGUGCAUCUACCGCUUCCCCAAGGACACGCUGCUGGCCCCACGGCAUCACAUCACGGUGUGGGGUGAAGGGGUCAGCCUGGUGAGGAAGCGUGUGCCCCAGAUACUGCAAAGGGAGCUGAUCCAUUUCUACACCAACCCUGGCUGUGUCACCCUCCUGCUGAACCCCAAGGGCCAGGUGAUGAGUGAGUAUCAGGCACAACACUGUGUGAGCGAGGCCUCCAGAUCCUUUGCUGACCACACGGACAUAUCUAUCGACUGCUAUCCCCUUCUUGAGAACGAGGGAGAGAAGCCCCAGGAGGCCCCAGGCCUUGGGAGCAAGAGCCGCGGCCAGCAGUUCCGGGCCCCAAAGAAGACCAAGGUCCCAGGGCCUCCCCCUGGCCUGGAGGGCCAGCCUGGGCCCCGCAGAAGCAGGCUCCUGAAGCCCAUACCCAGCAUUAACAUAUCCAAGAACUUCAGCCAGUGGCAAGUGAAAGAGGCUGUGGCUGGCAGGGAGUCUCUUCAUGGUGCCACGGUGCCACUCCCCACCAUUCCAGAGCUGGCACAGCUGCCAGGCAUUGGCAAGAAGAUGCAGGAGAAGUGCAUUCCUAGAGCAAACCAGUUCCUGCCUCCAUGGAUCUGCAGGAAACAUGUGGAUGUGGACUGUCCCAUGGUGGCCCUAAGCGUGCAGAAGACCACGGAGAGCAGAUUUGGGCAGAAGCAGCUGAGUUAUCCCCCCAUCACCAGAGAGCUGAGGGAGCCUCUGUGAGGGGCACAGACAUAUCCUACAAUACAUGUGCCUCGAGUAGCUCUGUGUGAUGGGGGGGACAGGGACAAGGGGCUCCAGGGGAGCCCCAGCUCAGGUGGGGGAGGAGGCCAGGGGCAGAAGUGACACACUGGCUGCAUAACUCAUCUAUUAACCAGUAUUAACUGAAAAUAAAACCUCCUUACAUUUCUGUCCAA